GUCUGACAAGUGGAUCCAAGAUGGCGUAGAAAGUAAAGCUAGAUGUUUUGUCCCUAAGUCAUGGCAGACAGGAGAGCGGAGAAGUCAUGUGAAGAAGCCAGCAAAUCGUUAGCCAGGCGGGAGUACGAGGCGGCAGUCACCCACAGCACGGAUGCCUUGGUGGUCCUUGCACCCCAAGCCUCCCCAUCCGGUGCCUCUGUACUGCCCAGCCCUCUCUCAGUGGUCGCCGCCGGACCGCUCCGAAGCCGUGCCCUGCUCUACCGAAUUGCUGCCUUCCUACAGCUGAAAAACUAUGAUGGAGCAGAUGAAGACUGCAAACAUGUUCUGGCAGAUGAGGUCGCUCGGGUUGAUGGUUCUCUACAGGCGAGUUUGCGCUCCAUGCUUUUGGAUGGCAGCCUGCAAGAGGUGGUCAGCAUCCUAUCGAAAGCCCUCUAUGGAGAGCCAGUGAACGGCAUCGUUACAAGAGACCUGACCAGAUUAAAGAUGCUCUUCUCCGAAAUCGAGGCAGCAAAAAGGGAGAUGGCUCCUGAAUACACGGAUGAGCAGGACGAAGAAGUCCAGGAUGGCUGGUUGUACCGGCCUCCUCCCAGAGGGGUCACCAGCAGUGAAGAGUACACCCUCUGUAAAAGGUACCUGGAGCAAGGCCUGUGUAGGUACGGAGCCCAAUGUACGUCAGCCCACUCACAAGAAGAGCUGAUGGAAUGGCAGAAACGUUACGCCUCACGACUCAUUCGCCUCAAACAGCAGCAGGAAAGCAAACACUUCACAGAGAACUACAUGGAAACUCUGAUAGAAAAAUGGAUGAACUCCCUUUCUCCGGAGAAAGUGUUAAGUGACAGUUUAGAAGGAGUGACUGUAGAGACCAGCUCCAGCCUCUCCAUGACAGUCACCUCUAAGAAGUCCUCCCACUCCUGGAUCUUCUCCUUACUGUGCAAGCCCGCCAGAAAGCUGUUCCGCAUUGCCUUGCUCUAUGAUGCCCAUCGACCCCACUUUUCCAUCACGGGCGUGUCAGCUGGGGACCGCCUCCAGACGGUUCCUAAAGCAUGCCAAGAGUGGACACCAGGAGAGGAAUCAGCUGCAGCAGCCGACAAUGGUCUCGAUCAUUGCGUCUACAAAGUUGCAGUUGGCUUCAGCACUGAGAUCUUUGGUACCUUCAGACAGACCAUCGUAUUUGACUUUGGCUCUGAGCCGGUGUUGAUGCAGAGGAUCAUGGUGGAUGCUGCUUCGAUUGAAGACUUGGAACACCUAAUGGCUGCAAGGCAGCAGCUCUUGAUGACCGCAAAGCGGUGGGACUCUUCCUGCAAAACCAUUGUUGAAUUCACGCCCAACGAAACCAUGGCUGACCUGGAGAGAAGCCUCCUGGCCCGUUACCAGAUACCUCUAUCAGCAGACCAGCUCUUCACCCAGUCGGUCAUGGACAAGACUCUAACCAAAGACAACUACCAGGCACGGCUGCAUGACCUGCUCUACAUAGAAGAGAUCGCCCAAUAUAAGGAAGUCAGCAAAUUCAACAUCAAGGCGAACCUUCAGCUGGUUACCAGCUUCAUGCUAACCGGCAUAUCUGUUGGAGCCAAGUAUGCUCAGAACGGACAGCUCUUUGCACGCUUUAAACUCACUGAAACACUUUCUGAGGACACUUUGGCUGGGAGACUAGUGAUGACCAAGGUGAAUUCAGUUCUGCUGCUUCCGUUGGGGCGUGAAGGGUUCGGCGGUCAGGCUCCAUCUGGUGUCAAAGAGCGCGUCUAUGAGGCGGUGAUUGAGGAGAAGACCAAGGAUUACAUCUUCCUAAGGAUUUGCAAAAGCUGCUGUGAGGAGCUGAUGCUGCUGCCUGACAGAGAAUUACAGGUGGAGCUCCAGUUUCAGCUUAACAGACAGCCUCUGUGUGAGAUGCACUACGCGCUGGAUCGUAUCAAAGACAACACCAUCCUUUUCCCUGAUAUCAGCCUUGUCCCCACCAUCCCCUGGAGCCCCAACAGGCAGUGGGAUGAGCAGCUGGACCCCCGUCUGAAUGCCAAGCAGAAAGAGGCCAUCCUGGCCAUCACCACACCCAUCUCCGUCUCUCUUCCUCCAAUCCUCAUCAUUGGGCCUUAUGGUACUGGCAAGACCUUCACCCUGGCACAGGCUGUCAAACACAUUCUUCGCCAGGACAACAGCAGGGUCCUGAUCUGCACUCACUCCAACAGCGCUGCUGACCUUUACAUUAAAGACUAUCUUCAUCCUUAUGUCGAAGCAGGCAAUGAUCACGCCAGACCUCUCAGGGUAUACUUCAGGAACCGCUGGGUGAAGACCGUCCACCCCGUGGUCCAGCAGUACUGUCUCAUCUCCAGCACACAGGUCACUUUCCAGAUGCCCACAAGGGAGGACAUCCUCAGGCACCGUGUUGUUGUGGUCACACUCAGCACUUCCCAGUACCUCUGCCAGCUGGAUUUGGAGCCUGGGUUGUUUACCCAUAUCCUGUUGGAUGAAGCAGCUCAGGCCAUGGAGUGUGAAACCAUCAUGCCUUUUCCUCUAGCUAGCAAGACCACCCGCAUCGUGCUGGCUGGGGACCAUAUGCAGCUCAGUCCGUUUGUGUACAGUGAGUUUGCACGUGAGCGUAACCUGCAUGUGUCACUUCUGGACCGGCUGUACGAGCACUACCCGGCUGAAUUCCCCUGCCGCAUCCUCCUGUGUGAGAACUACCGCUCCCAUGAAGCUAUCAUCAAUUACACAUCAGAGUUGUUUUAUGACGGGAAGCUAAUUGCGAGUGGAAAGCAGCCAUGCCAUAAGGAUUUCUACCCGCUGACCUUCUUCACAGCCAGAGGAGAAGAUGUCCAGGAAAAGAAUAGCACUGCCUACUACAACAAUGCCGAGGUGUUUGAGAUUGUUGAGCGAGUGGAAGAGCUGCGGAAAAAGUGGCCUGUCGCUUGGGGUAAGCUGGACGAGGGCAGCAUCGGGGUGGUGUCACCGUACGCCGAUCAAGUUUUCCGUAUUCGCGCUGAACUACGGAAAAAAAGGAUGCACGAGGUCAGCGUUGAGAGAGUGCUUAAUGUUCAAGGUAAACAGUUCCGGGUGCUGUUCCUCAGCACAGUGCGGACCCGGCACACCUGCAAGCACAAGCAGACCGCCAUUAAACGUAAAGAGCAGCUGGUGGAAGAUUCAACAGAGGACCUUGACUAUGGAUUUCUGUCAAACUACAAGCUGCUGAACACGGCCAUCACCAGAGCUCAGUCUCUGGUUGCAGUGGUUGGAGACCCCAUAGCACUGUGCUCUGUUGGACGCUGCAGGAAAUUUUGGGAGCACUUCAUUUCCAUCUGCCAUGAAAACGCUAGCCUGCAUGGAAUCACCUUCGAGCAGAUCAAGGCUCAGCUGGAGGCUCUGGAGCUCAAGAAGACUUAUGUCCUGAACCCGUUGGCACCAGAAUUCAUUCCGCGGGCCCUCAGGCCCCUUCAAGGCCACCAGCCUUCUUCACAGGGCCUUCAUCCCCAUCAUCAUCCGCAUCCCCAGCAUGUUCUGCCUGCUUCAAGCAAGCAGGCUUCACAACACCACCAACAGCAGCAGCAGCAGUCCCCUCCAAAG